GUCUUAGAGUGAAAAAAGUGUUUCCCCUUUUCAGAAGCUGAAAAAGAGGAAGCCCGAGGAGACUUCUGCAGAGGAAGAUGCCUAGUACCGACCUUCUAAAGUUGAAGGACUUUGAGCCUUACUUGGAGAUUUUGGAAGCAUAUUCCACAAAAGCCAAGAAUUACGUGAAUGGGUAUUGCACCAAAUACGAGCCCUGGCAGCUCAUUGCGUGGACUGUCCUGUGUACUCUGCUGGUAGUCUGGGCGCAUGGGCUUAUCUUCCAGCCAGAGAGUUUAUGGUUACGGUUUAAAAAGAAAUUGUUUAAGUUCAUCAGGAAGAUGCCACUUAUUGGACGCAAGAUCCAAGAAGAUAUGAAUAAGGCCAAGAAGGAUGUCAUCAAGCACAUGCCAUUCCUGAAGGUGAACAAGGAGUAUGUGAAAACUCUGCCUGCUCAGGGUCUGAGCACAGCUGAGGUUCUGGAGAGACUCAGAGAGUACAGCUCUAUGGAUGUCUCCUGGCAAGAAGGGAAAGCCUCAGGAACCGUGUACAGUGGAGAGCCGAAGCUCACAGAGCUGCUGGUUCAGGCUUAUGGAGAAUUCACAUGGAGCAAUCCACUGCAUCCAGAUAUCUUCCCUGGACUGCGGAAGUUAGAGGCAGAAAUUGUAAGGAUGGCUUGUUCCCUCUUCAAUGGGGGACCAGACUCCUGUGGAUGUAUGACUUCUGGGGGAACAGAAAGCAUCCUGAUGGCCUGCAAAGCUUAUCGGGACUUGGCCUUUGAGAAAGGGAUCAAAACUCCAGAAAUUGUGGCUCCUCGGAGUGCCCAUGCCGCAUUUGACAAAGCAGCCCAUUACUUUGGAAUGAAGAUUAUACGCGUUAAGCAGAACAAGAACAUGGAGGUGGAUGUGGGGGCAAUGAGAAGAGCUAUUUCCAGGAACACAGCUAUGCUGGUCUGUUCUGCCCCACAGUUUCCUCAUGGUGUGAUAGAUCCGAUCCCCGAAGUGGCCAAGCUGGCUGUCAAAUAUAAAAUCCCUCUUCAUGUGGAUGCUUGUCUUGGGGGCUUCCUCAUUGUCUUCAUGGAGAAAGCAGGCUACCCGCUGGAGAAACCAUUUGAUUUCCGGGUGAAGGGUGUGACCAGCAUUUCAGCGGAUACUCAUAAGUAUGGCUAUGCUCCCAAAGGUUCAUCAGUGGUGCUGUACUCUGACGAGAAGUACAGGAAGUACCAGUUCUUUGUUGAUGCAGAUUGGCAAGGUGGUAUCUACGCAUCUCCAAGCAUAGCUGGUUCACGGCCCGGUGGCAUCAUUGCAGCCUGUUGGGCCGCCUUAAUGCACUUUGGUGAGAACGGCUAUGUUGAAGCUACCAAACAGAUCAUCAAAACUGCUCGCUUCCUCAAGUCAGAACUGGAAAACAUCAAAAACAUCUUCAUUUUGGGGGAUCCUCAAUUUUCUGUUAUUGCCCUAGGCUCCCACGAUUUUGACAUCUACAGACUGUCUAAUAUGAUGUCUGCUAAGGGGUGGAAUUUUAACCUCUUGCAGUUCCCAAAAAGUAUUCAUUUCUGCAUUACGUUAGUACAUACUCGGAAGCGAGUGGCAAUCCAUUUCCUAAAGGAUAUCCGGGAGUCGGUCACACAAAUCAUGAAGAAUCCCAAAGCUAAGACCACAGGAAUGGGUGCCAUCUAUGGCACGGCCCAGGCAACCAUUGACAGGAACCUGGUUGCAGACAUAUCCUCCGUCUUCUUGGAUAGCCUUUAUAGUACGGACCCUGUGAGCCAGGGCAGCCAGAUGAAUGGUUCUCCAAAGCCCCGCUGAACUUUGACCCUUGUUAGUUCCAUGGAGCGUCGGGGCCUUCAGAAGGCUCUUGGUGUUCGGAACAGAGCACACACAACAUCUGGACUGGCUCCUUAGAGCACAAUACGCUAAACCAUAAGAUAGCUUCAGCCUCAGGACUCCUCUUGUUUCCUUUCAUGGCUUUGAAUUUGAAGACCCUGAAGGAUUCCACUGCAUAAUGAGUCUGCCCUGGUUAUAAAUGUUACCCUAGAAAUUGUUUUAACCAUAUUCUUCUCUAAUGUCUUUAGCAUCCUCUUCACGUAAUCAUUGUGUGGUGGCUCUAACCUGCCCCGAUUACUUAGGGAAAGUGUGAUAUAGCAAGAGGGUGUCUUUGCUACCUCAGUCAAAUGUUUUGGCUGUCAGACAGGAGGCAUUUAUAUACUGUGUACCCCAUGUGGGUGUUAGUAUGUCCCACACAGGAGGUGAUUUCAGCCUCUGCUUCAGGUGAUCAGGUGACCUGUCUCUCGGGAUCACUUUCAUUGCAGCUUGUUUUACUUUUCCAAGCACAGGUUGGCCAGGUCAUUGACCUCUUUCUUGCAUAAUCGGAGCAUGUUCCCUUGGCAGGUUUUGAAGUGCUCGUUUCUCUUCCAUGCAUGGCCAUGGUUGCUACCAUCUUUGGAGAUGCCUGUUGGCAGUGAUGCUCACACUUGUUUGUUCUUAUUGCUGUAGGGUAGGGAAGGAACAUGUUUUUCAGAGAAUCUAGGGCUUUCUGGCUGUGGUGCCACCUCUCUGGAGUAGGGGUAGAUCAUACCUGAGCCCUCUCCUAAGCCAGAGAGCCAAAACCAGACCCUUUCCUAUAGUAUCUUGACUAGCAGCAUAGGUAAGCCCCCGUGUGCACAUGUGGCCAGUGGUCCUCCCUUCCACAUUGCCUUAAUCCAUCAUGUAAUGAGAAUCUGUUUUUAUUAAAGGAAACACUCCACAAGUGUCCUUGACUUCCCUCAGUGGGUAUGAGGAUGUGCUUUCCUAUCAGUGUGUUCCUCUUGCCCCUCCCCCUUUAUUCAGCUUCCAAAGGUACGAUGACAUUUUAAUGUUCCUCAGCCCCCACUAAAAGGUAAUAGCACAGGACAAAAGGCAUUUUGGAGUAGGAAUGCUUAGCUGCAGCCAUUACGCCUGGGGUCUGGGAUUUCCUUCAUAAGACUGAUUGCCCAGGGUGAUGCAGGGACAGGACCAACCCCUGUGCCAACUUGCCACUUGCUUCUCCCUUUUAGGGAUUGGGGUUCUGACUGAGGCUGAGCCCCUGUCCUCCUCUGAUGAUCAUACCACGUGCCUUUCUCCCCAGCAGUGAGUAGUAAACUUACUCCUCAUCUAGGCCCUGGCAGAAACGGACCAGUCUUUGAGGUGUGUCUGUUUGUAGGAGAGAACUUGAGACAAGUCAGAGCUUUGCUCUGUCCUGUCCCCAUUUCAGGGAUUCCUGAGUAUUCAGCCUGAGUAUAGCUAGCUGGGAGAGCCAAACCACUAGGCUCUUCCUCACCGUCUUUGGGAAGUGUUCCUCAGCACUGUUCUGACCCCAUAGCCAUUACUAGCUAGCUCAUUUCAGGGCAAGUGUGUAUGUCCACUUCCCUCCUGUACGCUCUACGGUGAGUUGUCAGGGUCAGGGAUGGUUGAUGUUCCCAUGUGUCAGAGAGAGACUGAGUUCUUGAGCUCACACACGUCCAUUGGAUAAAGCUUGCAGGACUCAACUCUGGGUCUACAGUGCAUCAUUGCUGGAGAGGACCAGGGACUACCCAGCAGGCACCACUAGCUUACUAGUGGCAAAAAUGGAGAAGCAGGUCCUCUAUAGUCUCAACAGAACCAGGGACUGAGCCACUCCCUUUUUGGCAGCACCGGGGUGGGGUGCUGGUGGUUUUCAGAGGGACCUGCUGCAACCAUUUUAAUUUAUGGUUAGGAACCUUAGUGUGACUUAACACUUUCGUUUUUUUGUGUGUUUGCAUGUGCAUGCCAUGCCUAGCCGGUGCAGGGUGGGUAGGGUCUAGUAUCAUGGUAUCAUGUGACUUAGUAGGUACCACGGUGGCUUCUGCAAAUACUACUGUCUUGUUUCUGUAUUAGAUGUAGAUAGUACUGUGAAUAUACUGCCAUGUCACUUUUAAUAUUACCAGUUUUUAUAAUCGGAAAAUGGUACUUGCCUCUUUGAAUUCUGUUUUGUCUUCUCUAAUGUCCCAGUCAUCUCCAUGCCCUUUCCUGACUGCAGCAAUAACUCUUAAAAAGCAACUGAAUAAUAAAUGUCCUGAACUGUA